AUUGAAAGCGUGCGUGGAAAGUCACCUGAUGGCGCGAUGGACUUUCCACGGGUCGAAGUUCGAUCAUCGAGAAAGUCAAGGAGAUGGGAACAAAGAUAAUAUAAUAAUAGGGAAGGAUAUUUGUUCAUGGAAACCUAAGCAAAAUUUGGCUAAUUUGCUACAACUACUAUUUUUAGACAUUAGAUCGUCUUUCGUACUUCACUAAGUAGAGGAUAACUUACUUACAAACCAAACCGAGGGUGAGUGUUCACCUAACUUACGGGAAAGGAAUGCGAAUAAGUGGGGUAAUCAAAUCCUGAAUAGAGUUCUGCUGCAGUCGCCCAUAUGCCGCCUGGGGCGUUCUGUGACCAAGGCUACUACAGAGAAUCGAGGAGACCUUGAUCUGCCAUCGCGUUAUGUGAAUCACAUCAAAAGCGAAUCUCCUGGAGGAUAAAUAAAGAAAUAACCCGGCCAUUCGGGAUACUUCAGAAUGACAUACUCUAAAAUGUAGGUCACUCCUAGCGGAAGAUACUUGUUUAGGUAUCAUUAACGUCGUCAGGCUCUCUUGCCCCAUCGGAGACCCUACUGUCAACAAGCCCACUCCAGCCCCACCACAUCAUUGCUCGGAAGACCACCGCCGCCGCAACGGGCAACUGCAGUCAACAGUCUUGUGCUGCGGUGCGAACCUGAAUUUGAGUGGUGAGUUCAUCGAUGAAAUUUUGAUUUAUGUGCUGUCAUCUGGCGCAACAUGACAGAUCAACUAGAUGACAUUUUUACUACGCUGGGCACAGGAUACUGGAAUUGGCUUCACUACAUUGCUAUUGGAUAUGCCGUGAGUCUACCAAGUCCCCACGCUCUAGCAGGAGCAUUCGUUGCUCCAAGGCUGAAGUUCGAGUGUCGCUCACCAGCGGACAAUAAUGCCACAAUCUUCUUUUCCAAUGAUACUGAUUCUAAAGGCUCUUGCAGUUUCUUCUCUAAAUCACAGAAUGGAACUCUUAAUGAGGAAAUUUGUACUGAGUGGGAUUUUGACAACUCGACUUUUAAAGAAACUCUAACAAGUGAGUUUGGCCUAGUAUGUGAAAAGGACUAUCUUCGAGCAACUUACCAGAGUAUGUACAUGAUUGGUGUUUUGGUUGGGUCUCCAUUGAAUGGAAUCUUAGCAGACAGAUUUGGAAGGAGACUGACUUUUGUUUGCGCUUGUAUUCUGUUCUCCAUUAUGACAAAUUUGAGUUUUUUGCUGCCUAAUCUUCCUUCUGUUUUCACUUUUCGAUUUCUUGUUGGCACAAUGCACACAUCACUUCUGAAGACUGGAUAUAUAUUAGCAAUGGAAAUAACUAACCCCAAAGUAAGAUCUCUGGUUGGUAUUACUCUAUUUCUCCCAUGGGCACUGGGUACAAUGGCUUGGGGAGGGCUGGCUUACUUAGAAAGAAGAUGGCGAUACUUGGUUAUGAGUGCCUCUCUGCCUUCCCUAGUGCUGAUUCCUGUACUCUGGUUUAUGGAUGAAUCUCCCCGCUGGUUGGUUGUGAAAGGAAAAUAUGACCAAGCUCUGGAGGUGUUGAAAAAAGCAGCCAAGUGGAACCAAGUUGAACUAUCAUCUGAUGAAGAUCUCUUGAAACUCAUGAUGGAAAAUGAAGCUUCACGAGAAGGGCCCAAGGCUAACAAAGGCAUAUCGGGUGAAAGUUGGAAGAAUAUCUUAAAAAACUAUGUUUCAGGUGUGAUAGUAUUGUUCAGAACUCCACGCCUUCGUGUUGCCAGCAUCGUGAUGCAUCUUAAUUAUCUUGUGUUAGGAAUGGUGUACUUUGGCCUCUCACUAAGUGGGGGAAACUUCCAUUUUAAUAUGUUUUCUUAUAUGGCUCUAAUGGGAUUGGUGGAGGUUCCUGCUUACACUGUUAUGGCACCAAUUGUGUCUCAAUUUGGUCGAAGGAUGCCAGUGUCUGUCUCCUACCUCAUGAGUGGUGUACUGCUCCUACAACCAUUUUUACCUUCAGGUCAUCAGUGGUUAAUCAUUUCUUCUGCAAUGCUUGGUAAGAUGGCCAUCUCUAUGUCAUUUCAAGGAAACAACUUGUAUGCCUCGGAGUUGUUCCCAACUGAAGUUCGCACCCGAGGAGUUAGCUCAUCCUUCAUGAUGUCAAGAGUUGGUUCUUCAGUUUCUCCAUUCAUCACUGAGUACCUUGGACCCAUUUACCAAUGGGCACCUUCUGUAGUUUUUGGAAUUGCAGCAGCCAUUGCAGGAUUUGCAACAUUAGUACUGUGGGAAACAUUAUCAUUGGCAUUGCCUGACACUAUCUUGCAGCUAGAAAGCCCAGACUUUAAAGCAACAAAAACAUACGGCAAAACAUCAAAGGUAACCCCACAAGAGGCACCUGUGUCAUCUACUACAAAACUUUGAUAAUUGAUAUGUGAAAAGAUUUUAGAUAAAUGAAAGACUUGCAAUUGCAGAUAAAUUGUUUGUAAACAUUAAUUCUUACGGAAGUAUUAGCACACCAAAAACUCUAAAUUAUCAGUUUUGGGAAAGGAUGAAUUGAGACCUAUAUUAUUAGUUUUUAUGAACAGUGAAUGCAAAUGUGCCCUGUGUUUCAGGCAAUGUAACUACCUGUACUAGUGUCAUAAUCUCCAGAUUUCUGUUGAAGAUUUGGUCUGCUAAUGAGUACUAUAAGAAAAGGACAUUUUAAAACUGCCACCAUUGGUGAUAGGUAGUUAUUUCCAUGUUGGUAAAGAGUAUCUGCUAUUUUCAGGUUAUGUGAAAAUAUAAUUUUCUCAAUCUUCACUCUAUAAAAUUAAAUUCAUAUUUAUAGGGCUGUGCCCAAGAAAAUACAGAGCAAUUAACUUCAUAAAUGUUCUGAAUCCUUAGAAUGUUUUUGUGUUAGUGAUGUGCAUUUAUCCCAGUGACACCUUUUAAUUUAAAGCUUCUCUCCUUUUGAAUAAUACCUUUGGAACACAGUUUUCCAAGCAGGCUCCACAGUAAAUAUCUCAUUCAAGUUGCUAAAUAUAUACUAACAUACUAAAUAUGACAUGAAAAAGGACAGACUACCUACGUCAUGACUACUGGUGGGCACUAGAUAAUUUUGAAGAACCUUUGAAUUACUGUCCUUUGAGUCUCCAUUUGCAUUGGUUUAUACCUUUUACUUUUUAUCUGUUGCCAUUGGUCUCAUACCAGCUAGUAGUUUUAACUUCCUCCAGACUUAAUCCGUCUCAUCCAGAAUUGACCAUGCUUCAGUUUACACCUGUCAGACCCCAGAGAUAGGACACAUUGAUGUGGUUAGUUACUGAAUAGUAAUAAUGAAGAGCUCUUCUACAGUAUCAAGCUAGUUUCUCUCCCCAGCCCUUUUUAGGCUUUCCCUCUGGUUGUCAUAAUGUUUAUUUAGUUUUUCAGUAAUCUUUUUCUGGUGCUAUACAUUUCCUAAGACUGCCUGUGGUGUUUGGAAAGAAUGAGGUUUAUUCACCAGUACUGUAUAGUGACUAAAAUAUUUUAAACCAUUUUUUGAGGCCUCUUGAUUGAUGAAGAUUGGAUUCAUGGGAGUUUUAGUCUCCUGAAUACCCUGCAUCACUGUUAGAUAGAGGAUAUGGGAGAGCAAACUGUACUUUUGAAGCAACUGAUCAAGAGAGGCUAUUGAUUAAGUAGUGUACUGUAAUCAGCUUCCAUUUGCUUUUUGUGUUGGAAUUUUAUAUUGUUACCAAAAAUACAAGUUGCUGUUUCAGAGAUUGCCGAUAUGUUAUAUGACAUUCUUUCUUUGAAAUAAAAGAUACACUGUUAAU